CCUCACAGCUGGCUUGGGGCCAGACUGGAGUAGUACUGCCCAUGAGGUUGUACCACCCCCCCUCUCUGCUUGUCUGGGCAGUUGCUGAGCAUGAGGAACUCUGAUGGAGGCUUUGCCACUUACGAAACCAAGCCAGGAGGCCACUUACUGGAGCUGCUGAACCCCUCGCAGGUGUUUGGUGACAUCAUGAUUGACUACACAUACGUGGAAUGCACAUCCGCUGUCAUGCAGGCACUGAGACACUUCCAGAGCCAGUUCCCUGAGCACCAAGCCGUGGAGAUCAGGGAGACUCUGCAGAAGGGCCUGGAUUUCUGUCGCAAGAAGCAGCGAGCGGAUGGGUCCUGGGAAGGGAGCUGGGGGGUUUGUUUCACCUACGGCACCUGGUUUGGUCUGGAGGCGUUUGCCAGCAUGCAGCACACAUACCAUGACGGGACUGUCUGCCAAGAAGUGGCCCAGGCCUGCCAGUUCCUGAUCUCCAAGCAGAUGGCAGAUGGCAGGUGGGGAGGAUUUGAGUCCUGCGAGAAGCACACAUAUGUGCAGAGUGCUGAGUCACAGAUCCACAACACCUGUUGGGCCCUGCUGGGGCUCAUGGCUGUCAGGUACCCUGACAUCAGUGUGCUGGAAAGGGGCAUUAAAGUGUUGAUGGAUAAGCAGCUGCCCAACGGGGACUGGCCUCAGGAGAACAUUGCUGGGGUGUUCAACAAGUCGUGUGCCAUCAGUUACACCGCGUACCGCAACAUCUUCCCCAUCUGGACGCUGGGGCGGUUCUGCCGGCUGCAUCCCAACAGCCCCCUGGCUGGGUAGCUGCCAGCCAGAGCCAGAGCCAGCCCCUCAGCUGGGGCAGGGCAGGAGGAGCAGGGAGCCCUGUCUACUUGAACCUGCAGCCCUGGACUUGUCUUGGAUCCCGGUGUCUGUGUGGGGCCGUGGCGGUGUGUGUUGCAUGGGACAUCUCCAUGCUGACCUUAGCAUGUUGACUGCUGCCUCUGCCAGGGAAGGGUGCUGUGCCGGUGCUGCAGAGCCUCUGCUUGCUGUUGAACCUCUUCUAAACAUUCCCUUUCUAAGGUUUUUUCCAGGUAUGUUCUCCAUCCCCAGAUGGGGAGUGAAGUGCCUUUUCAGACCAUUUUGAAGAUCAGAUGAAGCUGCCGAGCUGUGUUGUAUUUCACAUUUGGACAGACUCUCAUCCUGGGUCGCAAGGCUGCCUUUAUUGUCACAGUCUGUCUGUCUAUACCAAGAGUGUGGGAUUUGAGGUCUCCCCUGUGCCCACCACUGGGGCUUGGGGGGCACCGCACAAUCCCUGCUGAGCUGACCUCUGUACUGUGGGUGCCAGUGAUGGCCUUUGAGUUACUCGCUCUACUCUGGAGCCCGUGCUGGGAGGGGAAGGACACCUGUCCUCCCCCAGAUGUGUAAGAAAAGGAGUGCUUUGCUUAAUUUUCUUAUUGUUCUGUCCCCCAGCUGGUGGCACCUACCUUCCGCAGGUGAAGUCACCACCAGCCCUUGGAGAAGGGGCAGCUGAAGCAGAAAGCUGUGAGGUGGUUGGCAUCAUGGCACAGCCUGAGUCCAGGGCUCCAGGCUUCCCCCAACUCAGACCGUGGUGCCCUGGGACAUUCACAGGUCAUUGUCAGAGCUGGAAGUCAGAUGGGAUAAGAAAUUGCUAAGGGUGAUGCAAGAGGAACUUCACUGUGUUCUCCUUUCUGUCUGCUAGUGUGUGUCCCAGGCAGAGGGGAGCUGGCACAGCAGCCUCAUGUCAUGUGGCUUGGCUUGCCUGUCCCCAGACGUGUGAGCACCAUAUCCACCAAACCAUGCUGGGAGCCUGUGCCUCCUCUAAAGCAUUUAGCCACAGAAAAAUGUAAUCAAGGAAGCAGCUCACUAAAGGGGAAUGAUCACUUCCCUCAUCCUGCUGCUUACGCUCAUGCAGAUAAGCAAGACAGAAAAACUUAUUUGUUUAAGAAGAUUCAGCUCAGGCUGUCUCAAUUCAGCCCUGUUUGCCUUUUCCAAAUUAUGGACCUCUUUAUACCUGUCUGUGAUAUUACUCUGCAUUUAAAUUUCUUCUUGCUGAAACUGAA